AUGGUUUCAGACGAGAGAGACAGAGACGAUGACGUGCACUCCCAAGACCAACAACAUAUCAAACUCCCUCCGUGCUCGAACAACCUCGCCACCGCGUUGCUCACGGACGCGUACCAAAUCACCAUGGCGUACGCGUAUUGGAAAAACAACACGCACGAACGCACGGCGAGUUUCGAUUUACUCUUCCGGAAAAACCCAUUCGGUGGAGAGUUUACCAUCUUUUGCGGCUUAGAGGAGAGUUUAAAGUUCGUCUCGAACUUUAAAUUCACGAGACAAGACGUGAAGUAUUUGCGCGAGUGCGAUUUCGCGAAAGAGAUGGACCCGAGGUUCUUCGACGAGUAUUUAAGUUCAGUGGACUGUUCGAAAAUCACAAUCGAAGGCAUCAAAGAAGGCACCGUGGUGUUCCCGAGAGUACCUCUGAUCCACGUGAGCGGACCUUUGGGCGUGACGCAACUUCUGGAGACGACUUUACUCACUCUGAUUAAUUACGCGUCUUUAGUCGCCACGAACGCGGCUCGACAUCGGUUAACGUGCGGCGACGAGGCGCAGUUGUUGGAGUUUGGUUUACGGAGAGCGCAAGGCGUGGACGGGGGAGUGAGCGCGAGCAGGUACGCGUACGUUGGAGGUUUCGACGCGACGUCGAAUUGCGAGGCUGGGAGACAGUUUGGGAUUCCCGUGAGAGGGACGCACGCGCACAGUUUCGUGCAAGCGCACUCGAAGUGGGACGAUAUCCACGGGAGGAAAGUUGGCGAGUGCGAGGAUUUUUGCAAAGAGGCGAGGGAAAUGUUGAAAGAGUUGAGAGAGGCGAUGGUGAGUAGUGAUAGUAACAAUAGCGCGGCGUAUCAAUUCGGGGAAACGAAUGAGAGCGAGCUGAUCUCGUUUUGCGCGUACGCGAUUGCGUUUCCGAAUUCGUUUUUAGCUUUAAUCGAUACGUACGACACGUUGAAAUCGGGGACGCCUAAUUACGUCGCCGUGGCGUUGACGUUGAAGAAGUGUGGGUUUCAACCCGUUGGGGUGAGAAUAGAUUCCGGAGAUUUGAGUUAUUUGAGUUUAAUGAUUAGAGAGUUUAUGAUUGAAGCGGAGAAGUGUUUAGAGCGUCGGGGAAAACAUUUUUCGUUACUCGCGAAAGGAUUAGCCGCGGAGACGAAAAUUACCGCCUCGAACGAUAUCAACGAAACCGUGUUGAGAGAAUUGAAACAAAGCGGUCACUCGAUCGAUGCGUUUGGCAUCGGGACGCACUUGGUGACGUGCAUGGCGCAACCGGCGUUGGGAUGCGUGUAUAAACUCGUAGAAAUCGAUAAAACACCUCGGAUUAAAUUAUCCGAAGACGUAGAGAAAGUCACCAUUCCGGGAAAGAAGAAGUGUUACAGACUUUACGGAAAGAUUGGCGAACCGAUCGUGGACGUCAUGCUUCGCGAGGACGAAAAAGAACCGAAGGUUGGCGAACGCGUGUUGUGCAGACACCCGUUUUUAGAAGGUAAACGGGCGUUCGUCACUCCCGCGAAAGUGGAGAAGUUAUUGUUGGUGUGUUGGGACGGCGAGAAAGGCGGGUGUCCUCGAAAAUUUUACGAGGAAAGCGUAGGUUUAGAAAAAAGUAGAUUGAGGGUAAAAGAGCAAGUGAAACUGAUGCGAGCGGAUCAUUUGAGAUACACGAAUCCGACGCCGUAUAAAGUGAGCGUGUCUGGCGAUUUGUACCAGUUUACGCAUCAGUUAUGGUUGGAUAAUUUGCCGGCGAGAGAGUUGACUUGA